AUGUUUUUGAAACGGCGUUGGGGUUUGGUGGCAAGGUGGUUAUGGCUGGUGGCUGGUGGCUGGUGGCGGUGGCUUGAUGGUAUCUGGAGGCGCCCAAUCAGAUCUGCGGGGCCUGGGAUCUACCUUACCAUCUCGCUGGGAUUGAAUCUCGACAGGGCCAGGGUAUUUUCCCGCUACGUCGGAUCAGGAAAGCCCAAGGGGGAUCCGACGCAGGGAUCACCCCUGUUGUGUCUGGGGUGCUGGGGUAUGGUUAUCGGGGAGCUUCUCAGGAAGGGUGGCACGUACGCCUGGGUUGGUUUUCGCUUGAUUUGCAAGGGGAGCGACAACCUACCAGCAUCCAACGUCCCACCACCCGGUUGA